UGCAACGAUCUUGAUGACCAUGGCUUCGUCUUCAAUGCACCAACUAUCUUUCGCCAAACACCCUCUUCUUCCUCGUAAUUUCCGGCUGCAACCUUGUCCCCAGUUCUCGUUCGCACACUUCCCUUCGUUCAGUGUCCGAGCCAGCUCUGCUCUUGCUGCUGAGCCGUACUUGGGAACUCAGAAAGAUCAAACUUUGGAGGCUGAGAUAUUUUCAUGCCCAAUAUGCUAUGAACCCUUGAUAAGAAGAGGCCCAUCUGGUCUAAACUUGGAAGCUGUGUAUAGGUCUGGUUUUAAGUGUAAUAAGUGCAAUAAGUCAUAUUACAGAAAAGACAACUUUCUAGACCUGACCGUUACUGCUGGUUCAAGGGAAUACAUCGAAGUGAAGCCAGCACGGACAGAACUAUUCAGGAGUCCCCUUGUUUCAUUCUUAUACGAGAGAGGCUGGCGCCAGAAUUUUAACAGUAGGGGCUUUCCUGGUCAAGAUGAAGAAUUCAAAAUGGCUCAAGAGUACUUCAAACCUGCACAGGGUGGCCUUCUAGUUGAUGUUAGCUGUGGAAGUGGUUUGUUUUCCAGAAAAUUCGCUAGAUCCGGGACUUAUUCUGGAGUAAUUGCUCUUGAUUAUUCUGAAAAUAUGCUGCGCCAGUGUUAUGAUUUCAUUAAACAGGAUGAUGCUGUUUUAAAAGCGAAUCUAGCUCUUGUUAGAGCUGAUGUUUCAAGGCUUCCAUUCUCAUCUGGUUUGGUUGACGCUGUUCAUGCUGGGGCAGCACUGCACUGCUGGCCUUCUCCUUCCAAUGCUAUUGCAGAAAUUACUCGAGUAUUGAGAAGCGGUGGAGUUUUUGUGGGAACCACUUUCCUCCGGUACAGUUCGACCACUCCCUGGAUAAUACGGCCUUUCAGACAGAGAAAUGCGCGGAAUAUCAGCUUUCUGACUGCCGAAGAGAUCGAGGAUUUGUGCACAGCAUGUGGCCUAACCAAUUACACAAGCAAAAUUCAGCAAUCCUUCGUCAUGUUCUCUGCUCGGAAGCCUUGAAACCAAGUAAUGCUUAAAAUUAAGAUAUUAUUUGCCCCAUGAUUAGUUUCGGUGUUUCUUCCUGAUCAAUAAAGUGGGUCAGUACAUGAUUUCUGAGAACAUAUGACAUUGUGAGCUUGAGUUCUGGGGAGGUGUUAAGCAUU